CUUGCUUUAUAAACCGGAACUCCCUGAUUUUGCUCGCAGGUACCCCAAAACAUAAGAAAAACGUAUCACGGCCUUUGUGGGGUUAAACAUCAAAAGAAAAUACAAAUACUCUUUACAUUACCUUCAUUUUAAGGAGGACGAAGAAAACUAUUGAGAAAAUGGCAGAUGAUUUAGAUGUUGAGGCAAUGCUGGAAGCUCCAUACAGGAAAGAGGAUGAUGGAAGAGGAGAUGCUGAUAGAGAUCGACACAAGAGGAAAAAGAGAAGUCGAGAUAAAAGUCGUGACAGAGACAGAGAGAGGGACAGAGAUCGGGAUAGGGAUCGUGACAGACGCAGGAGUAAAAGUAGAGAACGCCACAGAGACAGGGACAGAGAUCGGGACAGACAUCGUGAUCAUGACCGACACCGAGGACGUGACAGAGAUAGAGAGCGAAGGGACAGAAAACGCAGUAGGAGUCGAGAAAAAAGGAGGAGAAGUCGCAGUAAAUCCAAGGAAAGGAAAAGAUCACCAGAACGUGAAAGAAAGCCUCGCAGUAAUAGCACAAGUCCAAUGAGAUAUAUCAGGCAGCCAGGUCCUGAGUUGACUCCAGAGGAGAGGGAUGCUAGGACUGUGUUCUGUAUGCAGUUGUCAGCUAGAAUCCGACCCAGGGACCUUGAGGAAUUCUUCUCUUCUGUUGGAAAGGUCAGAGAUGUUCGUUUAAUCAUGGACAAUAAAACCAGGAGAUCAAAAGGCAUUGCCUAUGUGGAAUUCCAAGACACUGAUCCUGUGCCAUUAGCUAUAGGACUAACAAACCAGAAAUUACUAGGUGUACCCAUUAUAGUCCAGCCCUCUCAGGCAGAGAAAAACAGAGUGGGAAACCCCAGCAGCAUCUUGACAAAAGGAAGCAUUGGACCAAUGAGGCUGUAUGUGGGCUCCCUUCACUUCAACAUCACAGAGGAAAUGCUUAGAGGAAUAUUUGAGCCAUUUGGAAAGAUUGAUGACAUUAAAUUAAUAAGAGACCAUGAAACCAAUCGAUCCCAAGGCUAUGGCUUUAUAUCGUUCCAUGAUUCUGAGGAUGCCAAGAAAGCUUUGGAACAACUAAAUGGAUUCGAGUUGGCAGGACGACCAAUGAAGGUUGGUCAUGUGACUGAGCGACAGGGAGAAAUCCAGGGGGCUUCAAUGCUAGACAGUGAUGAAAUGGAUCGGGCAGGGAUAGAUUUAGGGGCCACAGGUCGUCUACAGCUAAUGGCCAAACUGGCAGAGGGCACAGGAUUUCAGAUUCCUGAAUAUGCAGCGUCAGCCCUGAAUAUUAGUCAGCAGACACCAGGCGUGGCCACAGUUCCCCCUGCCGGGGCACCCCCAAAUGUAUCGGCCAUAUUGGGAAGCCAAGGCCAGGGACAAGAUAGCACAGCACCUCCAAUAGCCACACAGUGUUUUAUGCUCUCAAAUAUGUUUGAUCCUACUGUAGAAUCAAGGUCUAACUGGGAUCAGGAGAUCAGAGAUGAUGUCAUAGAGGAAUGCAAUAAGCAUGGAGGAGUCUUACAUCUGUAUGUAGACAAGGCCUCACCCCAAGGAAAUGUGUAUGUGAAAUGUCCCACCAUUUCUGCAGCCGUGGCCUCUGUACGAGCACUUCAUGGAAGGUAUUUUGGAGGCAAGAUGAUAACAGCAGCCUAUGUUCCUCUUCCUAAUUACCACUCCCUGUUUCCGGAUGCAGUAAGGGCCAACCAAUUACUUCUCCCUUCUGCCCAGGCUCUACAGACAGGCUUCCCCACAUCCAUGUUUCCUAACAUGCAGUCAGUGAUCAGAUAACCCUCCAGGGCCAGUCCAUAGGUCUUAUCAUCACCAUGUGAAUAUUCCACAUAGACAAUGUGGUCAUAUAACUGCUAAUCUUAACUGUUCAUCAUUCAAUGCAACAAUCAGAAAAACUGUUAAACAAGCAUCUUCUGUAUAUUUGGAAAGGGGAACGUUUUAGUGACCAUUUGAAUUAAAAUUUAUGAUGAAUUGUAAAAAUCAAAAGUACAUGUAUGUAACAAUUUUUAAUGUCUUCUUUUACCCAGUUAAGAUUCAUUUUUUACACUCAUUUGUUAAAAACCAAAUUAAUUUUGGAUGUCAUCCAUCAUGUCAUUAUCAUUGAAUGUAAAUUCAUUGACAAAAAUAGGAAAAUUUUCCUUCUGUCCAUUUAAAAUGACAAUAAAGAAGAAUCUUAAUUUC